CACCAACAUAGGCUUUACCAACCGCCAAUAUCGCGACCAGCAGCUCGCGUAAUUCUUCUGCUCCACACCUCAUCUCACGGAAUACAUCGUAGUGCGCUUGCCGCGUACCGAUGGACAACCUCAAAUGCAACAGAUUGACAUGUAGGAGGGCUUUGUCAGAGAAGGCGGUGGUUACAACCUGUUCCCACAUCUUCUGCGUCGAUUGUGCGAAUGAACUAUUCAAUGCGUCGCGCCUAUGCCCGGCCUGCGAGACAUCUCUUACCGAACCUGACGACGUUGUCGUUUGCUCUCUACACCCAUCAAACGACUACAAAACGUCUGUCUUGUCGGGACUCAGCCCGACAAUCAUUUUAGAAAUCUGCAGCAGAGCAAUGUCUUUCUGGCAAUACCAGAUUCACCAAGAGCAUUCCUUUCAACAAGCCGUAUAUCGCAACGUGAAUGAGAAGAAUGCGCAACUGCAGAAACAACUUGAUAACGUCAUCAGAGAAGCGAACGGAGAAAUCAAUCUGCUAAACAACAAGCUAUCUGAGCUCCAACGAGACUUGGAGCUAGAGCGGCGCAAGCACGCAGGUCUGCAGGAUUCUCUCAAAGAACGAGACAAGGAAUACCAAAAGCUCAAGGUUGGCAUAUCUCACCCCCCUAACAGUUUGUUGUUCACCGAUCAAAAAUCAUAGACUCAAUACGACAAGAUCAAGCGAAAAGCCCUCCUCGGGCCCAACGUGCUCGGAGGCGAAGCCGGCGCUGCCUUGGCAGGAGCCGAGGGCCAGGCAGCGGACAGGACAAUGAUGGGUGAUCAGCCGAACAGACUGAGAUCAGGAGCAGUGUUCGGGACGAA